AAAAGGUAAUCGGAUUAAUGACAAAAGCAUUGAUCUAUAUAGCUAUUUUCAGUACAAGUAUGCAUGCUGCGCUGAACCUUGGGUGAUCCUCCAAGCCUCAUUGGUAAUCCAAAGGAAACCUUUGUACUACAUUGUGAAUCUGAUAAUCCCAACUUCGAUCAUUACCAUGGUUUCCAUCACAGGAUUUUUUACUCCAGCAUCUACAGAUGAUGAUAGGACGGAGAAAAUUAAUUUAGGUAAUGUCUUCAUCCAUUGA